AUGGAUCCGGAUGCAGUCAAAUCCACUCUCCAAAACCUAGCCUUUGGAAAUGUAAUGGCCGCCGCUGCCCGCAAUUACCAGAAGGAAUUGCUCGCCGGGGAGAAAGCCCCCGCCACCAGCUCCGCCGACCAGGAGGUCGACCUUGACGAGCUCAUGGAUGAUCCUGAGCUGGAAAUAUUGCACGCGGAUCGCAUCGCAGCGCUAAAGAGAGAAGCUGAGAAGAGGGAAGCGUUGAAGAGGCAAGGGCAUGGAGAGUAUAGGGAAAUUACUGAGGGGGAUUUCUUGGGGGAAGUUACCGGGAGUGAAAACACCAUCUGCCACUUUUACCAUAGAGAGUUUUAUAGAUGCAAGAUAAUGGAUAAGCAUUUGAAGACUCUUGCUUUAAAGCAUGUUGAUACCAAGUUUAUCAAGCUGGAUGCUGAGAAUGCACCUUUCUUCGUCACCAAGCUAGGAGUCAAAACUCUGCCUUGUGUCGUAAUAUUCAGAAAAGGAGUUGCUGUGGAUAGGCUGAUUGGAUUCAUUGAUAUGGGUGGAAAAGAUGAUUUCAGCACAAGGGCACUUGAGGUUGUCCUAACCAAGAAAGGUAUAAUUAGUGAGAAGAAGGAAGAAGAAGACGAACAUGAUGAUUAUCUUGAAGGUGGUCGCAGGACAGUAAGAUCCUCUGUGAAUCAUGAUUCUGAUUCAGACUGA